AUGAAACAAAUGGCCAGAUCGUCCGCUCUUUCACUAUUUUGCCUUCGAGUAUGCCUCCUGAUCUAUAUCAUACUUGCCAUUGCUACACCCAGCUUGGGGGAAGUUAACAAAUAUGAUCGGAACAAAGCAACGUACAUGAAGGACAGAUCUGAUUCAAUUAAGAACUCGGAAAAAUCGGUCAUUUCCCCACAUCAAUGUGAAGAUAAUAAGGUUGAUGGCAAUCGAAAUUAUUCCGCGAAUAAAUCUGUGGUGAUCGACGAUGAGAAAAAUAGCGUGGCUUUAAAUAGAUUUCUGGAAGAUGUUCUAAAUGCGCAGAACGAUUUGAAGUCGAUAGAUCACGCCACGCAUCAUAUUAAUCAUAGAACUCGUCUAGAUGAUCCGCUGGCGCGUAAUACAAACCAGUAUUCUACGGUAUCCGUCAACACGGGGGAUGUCCUAGAACGGGCUGAUAUCGGUUAUGGAAGUAGGUUACGCGGCAAGAGGGGCUUCGAUCGGAAUUAUGAAACGAUGUGGAUGGUGCAGAAGAAGAAAUACGGGCGGAAGAGUGCUCGUGAUGUUCCUCAGAGAGUCUAUCUGGAUAAUGACAUGACAUUUAAGAAAGACGCUGAUAAUGCUGACUUCGACGCUCCUUAUCAAUCCCGUGGCACGUUAGAUAGAGCUGUCUACGACGGAGGAACGAUGGCCGAUCAGCCAUUGAAAGAUUGGACUGGAAAGAAGAAGCUCCAUUCCUCGGGCGACUGGUCGAAUUCUAAUGAGACUCCCAAAGUGACUAACGGCGAGAAUAUAUGGCAUCGUGAUUACGAAUCUGCUCGUGAAAUUCGCGUUAAUUCCGACUCGAGCAAGGACGAAAAGUUACACGUCGAUACUGACGCGCGGGAUCAAUUAGAAGUAUCGUUGCACGAUCCAAUAUAUGCAAAUGCCUUCACCGCUUUCCGGGGAUCUUCGGUUGCAAUCAGAAAUGGCAAAACUCGAAACGCAGCGUCAUCACUGGAGUCUUUGAAGAAAACUGUGCUAGAAUUAAGAAAUAGUUUGAUGUUAGGCCAUAAGAGGAGAAAUAUAAUAUCGAGAAGAGAAUCUAACUGGUGGAAUGAGCCAAGAUCGACAGUUGAAAUGUAUGAUUUUGGAGAUCUUGAUAAUCAUUCAAAUGAAGAAACAAUACGGAGGCUAAAGCGAGCAAAAAAUAUAAAUAACGAAGAUGAAAGUGAUUCAAGAAUUUUUCAAGGAAUAGAGUUUGGGGAACCAUAUUUUGGUAAACAAAAUUCGAAAGAAUUACACGAUCGUAGUAAACGUAGUAAGAGUUUCGUCGCAGAUACAAAUUACACAAAUAACCAAAGAGAUAUUCUUGAAAAUAACAAGAAAGCUCAAAUGAUUAAAGACGUUUUCGAAAAUGUAACUACGACACAAAAUACUGAAGAAGUCGUCACGAAAUUGUAUUCUAAUUAUCUCAAUGAUGGAAAAAAUUCGAUAAACGCUUCUAACAAAAUAAACAUUUCCGAUUCGCAGUAUUCUUUAGAUAGAGGAUCUUUUUUAAAUAAUUAUUUGAAUAAUUUAACAAUUAUCCCAUCAAUAGCUAAUAAAACAAAUAUUUCUGAACUAAGAUAUCCUUCAAAUAUAGAGCUGUAUUUAAAUGAACAUUUCAUCGACGACAAAUCAUUAUUUGUCAUUAAAACGGACCUUCAAACACAUUCACCAGAACGCAUUACCAAAAGUGGAGAUCCAAUAAACUCGAAAGAAAUUAGUCAACGAUCCACAAUUGAGAUGAUAUUAAAAAGUAUCAAUCAUAUAGCGGAGAAUCGUACUAACUCGCCUGAUUUCGAAAAGAAUGCAUUCACUAUACCAAACGCAUUCCUCGAUUCAAUACGUUUUUCAAUAAACGACGGUGAUUCUGAAAAAUUCCUGAAAAAUCGAAGCGGCGAAGAAAAAUUAGGAGCUGCGGCUCAGAAAAUAUCGCGACUCGGCAUGAAUGACGGACAAUCGAAGGGCGCGGAAAAGGAGUUUCCCCGGGGAAAUACAUCGCGUAGCUUCGGCAUCGCGACAAAUGAAUUGUGGAGCUGCGUCGAAACAACCGUAGCCGCGAGAGAAAAAGAGAUCGAAGUAGACGGAACGCGAAAGCAAAACCGCGAACCGAUACCCGGUGUGAUCAAGGUCUUUGAGCCUCGAGGGCGUCCGUAUCAAAAGCAGGAGGCAGAGACGACGGCGAGAUUGUCUCGGCGAAUGGAAAAAGACGAAAUGUCCGUGGCGAGGAUGAAGACAAACAAAGAUGAAGUCGACAAGUCAAGAAAUACAAAUGCAAGGGAAGCCUCUUCGACUUCGCUGAUUGAUUCUGUCACCGAUGCGAUAAUGAAGCCGGAAGCCGCAUAUAUAAACACGUCUGAGUCUGGCGAAUCGAUAACACUGAAGGAUCUCACUUCGGUAACUGUAGACAACGAUUUGCGAAAGCAGCAACAGAUGGUUCCGCCUCUAAAUGCGGAGAAUAGAAACGCAAAUAAAUCGAAUGGAAAUUUGGAUACCGAUAGAAUCGAUAUUCGAAUUCUCGGGUCAAACGGAAAUGAGACUAUGAAUGUGAAGGAAGGUAUUCGGACUAUAAUGGAAGCUCAAGAGUAUCACAAAUCCGAUAAUAAUUUACACAGGAAAUUAUUAUGGAUUUCCACGAUUUCAAUCGACGGUGAAACUGAAGAUUCAUCGGUAAAGAGCACGAGAUCAGUUUUUAAUACCACGAUUGAGAGUGAUAUUGAAAAUGUCACGAAUGAGAAUCGACAGCAAAGUGAAAUAACCGGUUCUGCAAAUUUAAGAAAAGUAUUGACUAGAGUCAACCGCGAAGAUAAAAUUGAAGAAAGUGGUAUAUCGCAAGACGCUUUAAAUUCUCAGAUAUCCGAAACAAAUCAUUACGCUCGUUACAAACGAUCUGUAUAUCCUUAUGAAAAUGUUGAAUCCAAUAAUGAAGCAGAGCCUGAAAAUAUAGCAGUCGAGAAAGAAGCGGAGAUGAAUCACGAUGAGAACCAAGAAACUAAUGAAGACUAUCUAAAUCAGGAUGUCGAAGAACUUAAGGGGAGCUAUAAUGACAGAGAAGCAGAUUUAUUCGAAGAUGAUGAUAAAGCAAUGGAAAGCAAGAGAGAGGGACAAUCUUCAUCUAGACAACAAAUCGAUCCUAUAAGAGCUAAAGUUAACAUGUUGAUUAAGCGAAAGCUUGACAAGAAACACAGGGACAGUAGCAUUUCCAGGAAAAAGAGACAUAGUAUGUUGGACAUGGUCGAAUAUUAUGAUUAUGAUGAUGAUGAUGAAGAGCACGAUGGGCCACUAAAUGAACAGGAGACUCAAAAUAAAGACAACAAAUUUUCAUUUAACGCCAAGAUAAAAAAGCGCGAUGGCAAAUCACCAAGUAAGCCAGGCGAUUUAGGGAAGAAGAAGAACGAAAACGCUGAGGCGAUGAUAAAAGAAGGACGCAAAAAGUCACGAGCAAAGAACAAGGAGCCAAAAGAAGAAAUCGUCAUCGAUCUUGGCAAACGUAAAAAUAAGACGAACGAUCGAAACGAUAAGAAGUCAUUCAGUUCGUUAGGAUCUAGCUUCGAAAAUGUGUUCAAUGAGAAAAAACAAUUGUCGACUAAGGAAAACUCGGAUAAAAUUCGCCAGAGCAAAGAUUUUGAUAAUAAUGUUUAUCAAGAAGAAUCAGCUGCUGUGAAAUCGAAAUGGUUGGACCAACCGUUUGAGGACAGAACGGCAUUGUCGAAGAAGAAUUCAGAAUGUAAAUCCCGAUGUUAUCAAAAAUAA